CUCGAUCUUCUGGGAUGUCAGCAGAAAAAGUGGAUGGCAUUGUAAAUUAGUUAGCAGUUAAUUUUUAUUUUGUCUUCUCCGUACUCAUUGUGAACAGUCAUCAUAAAAUGGAUGCUUUGGGCAGUCUCCUUCCUCCUGUGGUUGGAAACGGGGAUACGGCUAAUGCACAAGAAUUACAAAAGCUUCUGAUUGAUGAAAAAAUGCGAUGUGAGCACCAUAAAGCAAAUUAUCAAACUAUAAAGGCAGAACAUCUAAGACUACAGGAGGAAUAUACAAAAUCACAAGAUGAACUGAAGCGCUUGUUAGUUGAAAAGCAUGAAGAACAUGACAAAUUUCAGUUUCUUCUUGCUGAAUAUCAAGAGGAAUUGCUGGGUAAAACACAAGAGCUGGAAAAACUGAAGAUGCAGGUGCUAACUCCUCAAAAAUUAGAACUGCUAAAAGCACAAAUACAGCAGGAAUUGGAAUCUCCUAUGACAGAACGUUAUCGGAAGCUAGAAAAUGAAGUGGAAAAAUACAGAGCAGAAUAUAACAAACUUCGUUAUGAACAUACUUUUCUGAAAUCAGAAUUUGAACAUCAAAAGGAAGAACACGCACGUAUUUUAGAAGAGAAGAAAAUAAAAUAUGAGGCUGAGAUUGCAAGGCUGGAUAAAGAUAAAGAAGAACUCCAUAAUCAGCUGCUUAGCGUUGAUCCCACGAGGGACAGUAAACGUGUGGAGGCACUCUCUAGAGAAAAGGCACAACUGUAUCAGAAAUUAAAAGGCUUAGAAGCAGAAGUAGCAGAACUAAGAGCAGAAAGAGACAAUUGUGGUGUGCAAGCAGAAAAUGUUCAAAGAGUACAAGUACGACAGUUAGCUGAGAUGCAGGCUAUGACAAGGUCUCUAGAGGCAGAAAAGAAGUCUGCUGAACUACAGAUUGAUCGAAUUGAGAAAGAACUGCGGAUGAGUCAUGAGCAAAACAUUCUCUUAACUAGCAAACUUCACAAAUCUGAACGAGAAGUCAGUUCCUUAGCUGCUAAAGUAGAAGAACUUAAACAUUCACAUAAACUGGAAGUAACAAAUGUCAAACUGGAGGCAGCAAGAACAAAGAGUGAGGUAGAAAGAGAGAGAAACAAGAUUCAAAGUGAAAUGGAUGGAUUGCUGUCAGACAAGGAAAUUCUUAAGGCAGCUGUUGAACGUCAUAAGGUGCUUUUAGUAGAAAAGGAUCGGGAGCUAAUUCGUAAAGUGCAAGCUGCCAAAGAGGAAGUUUUUGAAAAAAUUGCAGCCUUACAGGAUGAAAAGUUAGAACUCGAGAACAGAGUAGCUGAUCUAGAGAAGAUGAAAUUGGAACAAGAUACUUGGAGACAAUCUGAAAAGGAUCAGUAUGAAGAGAAACUACGUGUUGUACAGAUGGCAGAAGAGUCUAGCAAAAAGGAACUUCAGCGUUUGCGAUUAAAAAUUCAACAGCAAGCUAUUCAGACAGAGGAGCUGGAAGAAAAGAAACGUGAAAGUGCUGAUCUGAAGCAGCAAAUGCACGACAUGCAACUCCAACUUGCCUCACUUUCUCAAUCAGAAAAUGAUUUACUGGAGUCUAAUCAGAAGCUGAAGGAAAUAAUAGAAAGAUUGAAACAAGAAUGUCAACAUGCAAGGACUCAGGCAGAAAAAGCUCAGCUGGAAACAGAGAAGACUUUAGAAUACAAACGAAUAGAGUGGCUGGAGGAGAAGCACGUGCUUACCCAGCGCAUUACAGAGCUAGAAGAGAAAUACAACCAAGUGAAGAACAAGCUAUGUCGAGCUGCUGUCGCUCAGAAAAAGAGAAAGACUCUCACUGAUAAUAAACAACGGAGGAUGCAAGAGAAGCUAGAACUUCUGGAAGCCAAGAUAGAAGAGCUGGAAAAAGAAAAUCAGGUGCUAAAUAGGCAGAACGUUUCCUAUGAGGAAUAUGCACGCCUCCAGAAGAGACUGAAGGACCUGCAGCGUAGGCACAAUGAAUUCCGGAGUUUAAUUCUGAAUCCUAACAUGCCGUCGCUCAAUCCAGUCAGUACAGUGUCAUCAUCUGCCGUGCCUCCCAGGCCUGAAGUGUCCUUCCCCCUUCUGCAGGAGGAACAGCAUCAGAGAGAGCUUUCCCUGCUUCGCAAGCGGUUGGAAGAACUGGAAACCACCCAGAGAAAACAGCUGCAAGACCUUGGACCAUCCAGAGAGCGCCUAACGGUGGGCGCUCACAGGGACUUGGCUAGAAACAGGAUGGCUGGGGAAGGCGACGCGCAGAGUGAGGGCUCCCAAUGAAUCUGCAAACUCCCCACGCUGUUACUCUUCGGUAGCUUAUUCUUUGGACGUGCUUUUAAUAUUUUGCCAAAAAUGCGCUUGUAUGUGCCUGAAUAGCAUAAAAUAUAUUCCGCAUAGUUUUGUGUUUAUUUUCGAUAGACUGGCAUAAAUUAUCGAACAAAAGCACCGGAAGAUUCACUACAUUUUUUAAAUGGUUUUAUGUAAAGGAUGUAAAAUUAUUUGGAAGCCAAAACAUAUGAAAUAAUCUCAUCACACGAAACUUUAAAAGGACAUGUAUCAAGGUUUGGGUUGUGAUGACAUUUAAAAUAAAAAUUAAAAUCAAAUAUUUUGGAUAAACCUUUGGAAACCUGGUAACAUCUUCCUACUCCUUCCAUGUAGAAGUUAGGGCAUCGGUGUGGUGUUUUGCGGGGUUGCUGCUUUGAUUGUUAACGAUGCUGCAAUCCUUACUUGGAAGUUCCCAUGCAGACAGAGAGGAUGAAAUUAAAUUAAAUGGAAAAAGUGCUGAAAACUUUUAUUUGCUACCCCUGGCGAUGUGCCUUGGGUGUUUUGUAACGGGAAUAGGCAAU